UUGAUGAAAUUACCCAUGUGCUGCAGGCCACAGCCUAGUAUGGAGGAGUGAGUUCAAUUAUCAAACUUCACGAAAUGCUUUCACUUUCACUGUCUCAAAGGGAAACUUACUUAGCAGUACAACAAAGAUGGACAUUGCUAUUAUUUUUCUUCCCCUCUCUCUCUCUCCUUGCCUCGUGCUCUUGCUCUUCUUGCCCUCUCUGUAUAGGCCUUCUGGGAGCCAGCUUCAUUUCAUAACACAUAUAACACACUUAUUUCAGUACACAUACGUGCAAGAGUAACCUGGUAAAAAUUUACAGAUCUCCAGCAAACUGCACAUUAUCCAUUCAAAUAGGCUAAGGAUAUUCAAACAAACAUGCAGCUAUACAACACAUGCAUGUUCGCAACUGUACAACUAGGCACCCUGACUUAAAAAAUACAACUAUUCAAACACAGGUAAGACAAGAGGGGCUAUUUACAGUUAGAACUUGUGAAUUAUCUAGUGAAAAAACGAGAGAUGUUUGUUGAAAAGCACUGGGAUGAUAUGGACAUACGUACUGUAAGUUCAGUGAAUAUUUAACACUAAAAUCACAUGCGGGUUAAACUGAGUUCACCAUGCUCACGCCAUGUCUCACUUCCUCUCUCUGUGAGAACCUACCAAUCAGAAGAUACUUAGUAGAGAAGCGGAGACACUCUUGCUCUUUUGGUCUCUCUACCUCUUCUGCUCUCCUCGCCUACAGUCAAUUUGCUGUGUGAGAAGCCGUAUCACUGUUUGGAGUAUUGGAGAAGCAGAAUCACUGAAUAUCAAGUCCUGAUACUCAUUCAAGGUUCAGAAACUGGUAUUCUGAAGGCGCACCCUGAUCUGGAAUCAACUAUGACAUCGGUAUACACCAUCCCUGUUGGCAAUACACUGGAGACACACACCGCCUUCAAGGCACGGCUGCCAUGGGGUGCAUACAAAGAUGUGUCUGACAUUGAGACUUGUGAUGUCAUCCUGGCAUUCUGUCCAGUCACAUCUCGAGUUGGCACUGACAUUGAGGCAGCACUUCGGGAAAUACCAGAGGGCAAGCCUUUGGUGUUGGUGGUGCUUCACCAGACCCUGGACAGCAACUACACUGUUCCCGAUACUAAAAGGUUCAUAAAGCGGUCUGAUGCCAUUGCAGUGGACUGCCUGUUCAAUGAUGAUGGACUGAUGCAAUGCUCUCGCAAUGACAAAGCAGUAAAAGCUGUCACUCAGUUUCUCCAGAAUCACGCAAAAUACAGUAUGAUUGGCAGGCUGUCGGUAGUGGUCUUUAUUGUAUUGUUAUUUUGUGUUGUAGUAAAAAUGUAUAAGCUAAGUGAAGGGCUGCAAAGAGGAAGAGAGGAUUCCCUGAAAAAGGACUAUGAUGCUAAUUUGGAUUCAAUGAAAAAAGACUAUGAUGCUAAGUAUGAUUCCCUGAAAAGAAACUUUGAUGAAUUGAUGGCUAACAUGGCUACAAUUAAGAGGGAUAUCGAUAUAAAACAUAGACUUGAAAACGUGGUCCAGGAUAAUAAAGCUUGUCUUGAGGUGGCUGUCCAGAAUAUAACUGCGCUUGACAAGAAGUUCAAGGAAAUAAAACCCUUUUGUGAAAAACUGGUCCAGAAUCAAACGGAUGUUCUGAAAAUGUUAGGGGAUAAAACGGAUCGUAUUGACAGAGUGGUCAGUGAUACAAAGCAUGGUCUUGCCAAAAUGGGUGACAAAACAUCUGCUCUUGAUGAGGUCCAGAAAAAAUUUGAAAUUAACAUGAACAACACAGUUAUUGGUCUUGAAAAUGCAAAGAAGAAAAUAACUGCCCUUGAAACGAAAGCCCAACAUGAAAUACCUCCUCUUAGAAAGGACAUCAAUGAGAUAAAGCGUGAUCUUGAAGAGUUGAAGUUGAAAAUACCUAUCCUUGAAACUGAUGUCCAGGACACAAAAUCUGAAUGUAAAAAACUAAGACAGGAGAUUGAAAAGGACAAGGCUCUGUGUAAUGGUGGGUGGUCUACAAUUAUAUUUACUGUGCUCCUGAGCACAUUCUGUGGUAUGGGGGGCUGUGUGAUCUAUGGGUAUUUAACCAGGCAGGUAUCACCUAGUAAAUCCACUGACUCAGACACCACAGUAAAGGAGAAAAAAGAUCCUCUGGACCCAAAGUCAGAUGUUAGCCAAGUCAGACCACGAUCAGGUCAGACAGCUGAUAAUUCAGACAGCCCAGAGGAAACAGCUUCUGAUCUAACCCCAAUGCUUUCCGUCAGAAAAAAAGGGAAAAAUAAUAAGUAAAGGUUUGUAGUUUGCAAUUUGGAGGGUUUUGGACAUAUUGAAAGCCCCAGGGGACAAUCAACACAUGUAGAGAGGACAAGCGAACCUUCAGCACUGGGUUUUAAACAGCCAACCGAACAAAGCUGUCAUCAUACACAGCAUGUAGACCAAGCUAUUCAUGCUGCAGUUUUAAAUGAUCCCUGAAAUAAAAUAUGUAAAGAGACCAAAAGGAAAAUAAAUAAAACUAUCCAUGGAAAACGCUUUAUUGUUUUUCUUCCUCCAAUAGGCCUACUGUAGGCCUACCCAGAACCCAGAAGAGGGCUGUGUAAUAAAGCUAAGAAUGGUCAGAAGCUAUUUCUCAAACCCUUUUAGGCGGACAAAAGUCUCUUUAUCUUUUUCCAUAAAUCAGACUAAAGAUUAUGUGGUUCAUAAAUAUGAUGAACAAUCUUUAGUCUUUUAUUAGAGUUAACCAGCCCUAACCUCUGAAUCUACCCUACUUAUAAAUCUACCCUACUUAUGCCUGGCUUAUUAGAGGGUCCAAAUAUUUAACGCACUUGACAAGCACAGAUUCAAGUCUAUUAAGUCAUAUAAAGUGAGGGAGGCCAUAAGGUUUUGCUUAUACUAUGUGGCACCAACAAGAUGUCCACAUUGUACAUGCUCCUACUCCUGCCUACC